CUCUACUGGAGCUGCUGCUUGGUUAUUUGCAGUUGUACUGGUUCAAUUAAUCAUUUGCAUAUCUGAGAAAAUGUCUGCCUCUAAGACUAGUGAUAGGUGUAACAACAAUUCAAAACCUGGGGAAGAUGAAGACGAAUAUGAAAUCGACUUUAUCACUUUAAGGAAAGUUCCAAAGAAAAAAAAAACCCCAAUCAAGCUCACCAGAAAUGACAUUCCAUCUAAUGAUGGUACUAUCAAGGAAGACAUCAAAGAAACGAUAUUAGAUUCCAAAGAGGAUCCAAUUACUUUAAGCCCAGUCAAUUCAGAUAAAUUAAAUAGCUCGGAUAGCCUGAACUUGAAGAAACUGGAAAUACUCGAAGAAUCAAUUAAAAAUGAUCAAGACAAAGAGAAUAAAGAAAAUAAAGAAAAUAAAGAAAAUAAAGAAAAUAAAGAAAAUAAGAGUGAGAAUAAAAAUAUCCAUCAGAAUACCAAUGAAAAGGAAAAAAAUAUUGAAACUCAAGCCUUUAAAGUUGAUGAAAAUGCUGAUAAUACAGCGAAUAGAUUCUUAAAACAAACUCAAGACGAUGAAAUGAAAAAUAACCAAUCUAUUUAUUCUAAAAUAUUACAUUCCAAAUAUAACAAAUCAAAUUUUGCAAUUCCGAGAUUAGAUAAUAUGUAUUCUGAAAUGAAUAAUUCAAAUUUCACUGAUAGUUUUACUAAAAGUUUUACUGAACCUGAGGUUCAUAAUAAUUUAGUCAAUAAGGAUAUAAACGAUAAUGCAAGCAAAUAUUCAAUACACAAUGAAAAACCUGAUAAUUCCAAUGACACAAAGGAAGCUACUUCUUCAGACUUAAAUCCCGAAAUAAAGUCUUUUUAUAACUCAAGUAUUGAGUUGAAAGAAAAAUCAAGUAAAGAUCCCAACCAAAUUGAAGAAAAUCAUAAAAUAGAAGGAAAAAGUAACAGAAAAGUAAAUAAUUUAAAUGAUACCAAUUUCAAUGAACAAGCAAAUCAAUCAGCAACUUUAAAAACAAAUCAAGAAAAAACUAAAUCUUCAAAGAAAAAAAACCUUAAUACUAAAAAUAAUACAUCCUCAAAUUUAAAUUUGAAUGAGGUUUUAAAUAAAAAUAAAAAUAAAAAUAAAAAUGAAUUGAAUAGCAAUGCUUGUCAACCCAAGAAAACAGAUAAACAAGCUAAAGAGAACCAAAUAUUAAUAAAAGGAUUAAUGGAUUUAGUCCAUGAUGGUGAUUUAAAAACUGCAAAGAAUCAGAUUCAAAGCAUUGGAAAUUUAAUUGAUAUUCUUGACAAAGAAUUGAAUAAGAAUAAGGAUAUUUCAGAUUCUAAAAAGGAUCAAAAUUCAUUAUCUCAAAAAUUAGAAGAAGAAAAUAAAGAAAAUGAAGAAAAUAAAGAAAAUGAAAAAAAUGAAGAAAAUGAAAACGAAAACGAAAAAGAAAAAGAAAAAGAAAAAAUGAACAUUUCUGAAAAUAAAAAUAAAAGUGUUUCCAAAAAAAUAGAUUCAGAAACAAUUAAAUCCUUAGAAGUCUUGUUGCAUCAAAUUAAAAUCGAUAGCGAUGAAACUAAAGAAAGACAUUUUCGAGAAAAUAAAGCGUAUGAAUGGAGUAAAAGCUUUGUAUAUGAUCUUCCAUCAUAUUCAGUGUUUGGCAUUGGAAGGGAAAAUAAAAAUAGAAAUAGUGAUUCAACUUUAUUUAAAAACUACUUUACUUCAUAUAAUGAAUUGCAGGGAGGUGGAAGAUCCAAAGAUGUUUUUAAGAAUAGAAAGGGGGGUUUAAUUAAAGGAGAUCCAAUUUUAAAUAGAAAAAGAAGGAUAUCGAGAUUUAGAGGAUUUACAUAUUUGAAGAAUUUGUUAUCAUUGAUAGGAUUUUCAUUUAUUCUUUUAGUUGGAGUUGAUUUUGGAUAUCCGGGGUUUUUAUUACAAUUUGAUCCUAAUUUAAAGAAAGAAAGAGAAAAUGAAAAUGAAAAUGAAAAUCAUAGAGAGAUUGAAAAAGAAGAAGAAGAUAUUGGAUUGAAUGAGAGUAGUGAAAAUGAUAAUUCCAAAUAUCUUUUGGACGAGUCUGGAGAAUUAUUGAAACAUUUAACAGGUAGAUUUAAAUAAACUAGUUAAAAUCUAAUCUUAAAUCUUUCUUUUAUUGACAUUUUUUGGGUUUAUUUGUUGGUUUUUUUUGUUUUUUUUGGAUGCGUUUGUUCUUGAUUUUCGAAUUUUGUUUAAAUGAUUAUUUUUGUAAAUACGCAUAUAUCAAUAAACAAAAAUCAAAUUAAAUAUUAUUAAAUUUUUUCAAAAAAAGAGGUAAACAAGAAACUAAAAAAAAAAGCAGAAGCCUAAUAAAUAACAGUAUAACAAAAGCAUUAUUAAGAAGUAUAAACAAAAUAAACAAAAUAAACAAAAUAAACAAAAUAAACAAAAUAAACAAAAAACAAC